CUUUGAGAUACCCCAUACAUCCUUCUCUUCUUUUCUUUUGAAUUUCCGUUUUCCUUCCCUCAUCAACCAUGGAGGUCUUCACUCCUGCCCCUCGGACCGCCGCCACCAUUUUGUGCGCAGACUGUGGUGCACCUGUCGAUGGAACAAUCUCUGGAGCUUUCUGCAUAGACUGCAUAAAACUCAAGACCGAUGUCACAUCCGGCAUUCAAAGAGAGGGAACCCUUCACAUGUGCAGAGAUUGUGACCGAUGGCUAUCUCCCCCGAACACAUGGGUCGUCGCAUCCCUCGAGUCCCGCGAACUCCUCGCCCUCUGCCUCCGCAAACUUCGUGGCCUCAACAAGCUCCGGAUCAUCGAUGCGAGCUUUAUCUGGACGGAGCCUCACUCGAGGAGGAUAAAGAUGAAGAUUACCGUGCAGAGUGAACUGGGAUCUCAGGAGGGAGCCAUUUUCCAACAGACUUUCGAGGUGGAAUUCGUCCAAAAUUACCAGCAGUGCCCGGAUUGCCAAAAGAGUUUCACACCCAACACAUGGAGAGCCAGUGUACAGGUCCGCCAGCAUGUCCCGCACAAGAGAACGUUCCUUUUCCUCGAGCAGCUUAUCCUCAAGCAUUCGGCCCACAAAGACACUAUCAACAUCAAGGAAGUCCACGAGGGUAUCGAUUUCUACUUCGCACAGCGUAAUCAGGCCGACGCAUUCGUCGACUUCCUCAAGGCCGUCGUGCCUGUCAACGUCAAGAAAUCCCAAGAGCUCAUCUCCAUGGACGUACACACCAGCACGAAGUCAUACAAAUUCUCCUACUCGGUGGAACUCGUCCCCAUCUGCAAGGACGACUUGGUCGCUCUCCCCAUCCCCAUGGCCAAAAAGCUCGGAAACAUCAGCCCUCUAACCCUCUGCCACCGUAUCGGAACCUCCAUCAACCUCAUCGACCCCAUCACCCUUCAAACUGCCGACGUCUCCACCGAAAUCUACUGGCGCGCCCCCUUCAAGCCCCUCGCCGACGUGCAAGACCUAACAGAAUUCAUCAUCCUCGACAUCGAGCCGCUCGGCCCGUCGCGGGGGCGCCUCUUCCUCGCCGAAGCGACCGUCGCCCGCGCCGCCGACAUGGGCGCCAACGACCAAACCUUCUACACGCGCACACAUCUCGGCGGAAUCCUGAACGUCGGCGAUUCCGUGAUGGGAUACUCGUUCACCGGCACCAAUUUCAACAACCCCUUGUUCGACGCACUCGAGGAGUCCAAGUACGCUUCCAAGCUCCCGGACGUCGUGCUCGUCAAGAAGCACUACGCCCGCAAGAAGAAGGGCAAGAGCCGCAACUGGCGCGUCAAGCGCAUGGCGAAGGAGGAGUCCGAGAUGCUGCCCCGCAAGCAGGACCAGGAGCGCAUGGAGCGCGACUUCGAAAUGUUCUUGCGCGACGUCGAGGAGGACUCCGACUUGCGCGCUGGUGUUGCACUGUACAAAGCUGAGCAGCAGAGGUUGCAGGACGGUGGCGAUGCGAUGGAUGUGGAGGAGAGUGAUGCUGGUGAUGAGGAUGAGGGGCUGGAGAUCCCGAUGGAUCAGCUGCUGGACGAUUUCGAGGAUAUGACGAUGCAAGAAUAGAUGAGAUGAUGUCGUUUAACGGCAUUGGAGUGGCGUGUUGGGUUGCAUCAUAUCUGGCGUUACCAUCUUGUGUCCCCUUUUUGAUAUCUUAUUUAUACAAGGACACAAAAUAAAAAGUUACGAUAUUUAAGGACAUGCAUCACGUCUCUUUGGCAAACUAUUUCGUUGCUUUUUUCUCCGAGUAGAGUAGUACCGUUUCCUCUUGAAAUUCACUGAAAGACCUCACGCUCAUACCUUGAUGAUCCG